ACCACCACGGACGCCGACACCUCCCCUGCAUCCACCACGGCCGCCGACACCUCCUCUGCAUCCACCACGGCCGCCGACACCUCCCCUGCAUCCACCACGGCCGCCGACACCUCCUCUGCAUCCACCACGGCCGCCGACACCUCCUCUGCAUCCACCGCGGCCGCCGACACCUCCUCUGCACCCACCACGGCCGCCGACACCAACUCUGCAUCCACCACGGCCUCCGACACCUCCUCUGCAUCCACCACGGCCGCCGACACCUCCUCUGCACCCACCACGGCCGCCGACACCUCCUCUGCACCCACCACGGCCGCCGACACCAACUCUGCAUCCACCACGGCCGCCGACACCUCCUCUGCAUCCACCACGGCCGCCGGCACCUCCUCUGCAUCCACCACGGCCGCCGACACCUCCUCUGCACCCACCACGGCCGCCGACACCUCCUCUGCAUCCACCACGGCCGCCAACACCUCCCCUGCAUCCACCACGGCCGCCGACACCUCCCCUGCAUCCACCACGGCCGCCGACACCUCCCCUGCAUCCACCACGGCCGCCGACACCAACUCUGCAUCCACCACGGCCGCCGACACCUCCUCUGCAUCCACCACGGCCGCCGGCACCUCCUCUGCAUCCACCACGGCCGCCGACACCUCCUCUGCACCCACCACGGCCGCCGACACCUCCUCUGCAUCCACCACGGCCGCCAACACCUCCCCUGGAACCACCACGGACGCCGACACCUCCUCUGCAUCCACCACGGCCGCCGACACGUCCCCUGCACCCACCACGGCCGCCGACACCUCCUCUGCACCCACCACGGCUGCCGACACCUCCUCUGCACCCACCACGGCCGCGGACACCUCCUCUGCAUCCACCACGGCCGCCGACACCUCCUCUGCAUCCACCACGGCCGCCGACACCUCCCCUGCAUCCACCACGGGAACUGACACCUCCCCUGCACCCACCACGGCCGCCGACACCUCCUCUGCAUCCACCACGGCCGCCGACACCUCCCCUGCAUCCACCACGGGAACUGACACCUCCCCUGCACCCACCACGGCCGCCGACACCUCCUCUGCAUCCACCACGGCCACCGACACCUCCUCUGCAUCCACCACGGCCGCCGACACCUCCCCUGCAUCCACCACGGCCGCCGACACCUCCUCUGCAUCCACCACGGCCGCCGACACCUCCUCUGCAUCCACCACAGCCGCCGACACCUCCUCUGCACCCACCACGGCCGCCGGCACCUCCCCUGCAUCCAACACCGUGGCCAGCACUACAUCCGCAACCACGACAUCCACCAGCACCUCUGCAGCUGGUGUGGCCACCAGCACCUCACCUGCCACCGCCACAGCCUCAAGUGCACCUGCAAACACCGGGCCCAGCACCACCCCUCCAACCACCGCAGGCACCAGCACCUCCCCUGCAGCUGCCACGGCCACCAGCACCCCUACAAACACGGUGCCCAGCACCCUUCCUGGACCCACCACGCCCAGCACCACCCCUGAAACCGCCACGGUCACCACCAUAACCCCUGCCAACACUCUGCCCAUCAUAACCUCUCCAACCACCACAUCCACAACCACCACAGUCACCACCACCCCUGAGCACACUCUGCCCAGCACCACCUCUGCAACCACUCUGUCCAGCACCAGCACCCCUGCAUCCACCAAAGACACCAGCACCCCUGCAACCACCACGGCCGCCGACACCUCCUCUGCACCCACCACGGCCGCCGACACGUCCUCUGCACCCACCACGGCCGCCGACACCUCCCCUGCAUCCACCACGGCCGCCGACACCUCCCCUGCACCCACCACGGCCGCCGACACCUCCCCUGCAUCCACCGCGGCCGCCGACACCUCCCCUGCACCCACCAUGGCCGCCGACACCUCCUCUGCACCCACCACGGCCGCCGACACCUCCCCUGCAUCCACCACGGCCGCCGACACCUCCCCUGCAUCCACCACGGCCGCCGACACCUCCCCUGCAUCCACCACGGCCGCCGACACCUCCUCUGCAUCCACCACGGCCGCCGACACCUCCCCUGCAUCCACCACGGCCGCCGACACCUCCCCUGCAUCCACCACGGCCGCCGACACCUCCCCUGCAUCCACCACGGCCGCCGACACCAACUCUGCAUCCACCACGGCCGCCGACACCAACUCUGCAUCCACCACGGCCGCCGACACCUCCUCUGCAUCCACCACGGCCGCCGACACCAACUCUGCAUCCACCACGGCCGCCGACACCUCCCCUGCAUCCACCACGGCCGCCGACACUUCCUCUGCAUCCACCACGGGAACCGACACCUCCUCUGCACCCACCACGGCCACCGACACCUCCCCUGCAUCCACCACGGCCGCCGACACUUCCUCUGCAUCCACCACGGCCGCCGACACCUCCCCUGCAUCCACCACGGCCGCCGACACCUCCUCUGCAUCCACCACGGCCGCCGACACCUCCUCUGCAUCCACCACGGCCGCCGACACCUCCUCUGCAUCCACCACGGCCGCCGACACCUCCCCUGCAUCCACCACGGCCGCCGACACCUCCUCUGCAUCCACCACGGCCGCCGACACCUCCUCUGCACCCACCACGGCCGCCGACACCUCCCCUGCACCCACCACGGCCGCCGACACCUCCUCUGCACCCACCACGGCCACCGACACCUCCCCUGCAUCCACCACGGCCGCCGACACCUCCCCUGCAUCCACCACGGCCGCCGACACCUCCCCUGCAUCCACCGCGGCCGCCGACACCUCCCCUGCAUCCACCACGGCCGCCGACACCUCCCCUGCAUCCACCACGGCUGCCGACACCUCCUCUGCAUCCACCACGGCCGCCGACACCUCCCCUGCACCCACCACGGCCGCCGACACCUCCUCUGCACCCACCACGGCCGCCGACACCUCCCCUGCAUCCACCGCGGCCUCCGACACCUCCCCUGCAUCCACCACGGCCGCCGACACCUCCCCUGCAUCCACCACGGCCGCCGACACCUCCCCUGCAUCCACCACGGCCACCGACACCUCCUCUGCACCCACCACGGCCGCCGACACCUCCCCUGCAUCCACCGCGGCCUCCGACACCUCCCCUGCAUCCACCACGGCCGCCGACACCUCCUCUGCAUCCACCACGGCCGCCGACACCUCCUCUGCAUCCACCACGGCCGCCGACAGCUCCUCUGCACCCACCACGGCCGCCGACACCUCCCCUGCAUCCACCACGGCCGCCGACACCUCCCCUGCAUCCACCACGGACACCGACACCUCCUCUGCAUCCACCACGGCCGCCGACACCUCCCCUGCAUCCACCACGGCCGCCGACACCUCCCCUGCAUCCACCACGGCCGCCGACACCUCCUCUGCAUCCACCACGGCCGCCGACUCCCCUGCAUCCACCACGGCCGCCGACACCUCCACUGCAUCCACCACGGCCACCGACACCUCCCCUGCAUCCACCACGGCCGCCGACACCUCCUCUGCAUCCACCACGGCCACCGACAUCUCCUCUGCAUCCACCACGGGAACCGACACCUCCUCUGCGACCACCACGGGAACCGACACCUCCUCUGCAUCCACCACGGCCGCCGACACCUCCUCUGCACCCACCACGGCCGCCGACACCUCCCCUGCAUCCACCACGGCCACCAGCACCUCCCCUGCAUCCACCACGGCCGCCGACACCUCCUCUGCAUCCACCACGGCCACCAGCACCUCCCCUGCAUCCACCACGGCCGCCGACACCUCCUCUGCAUCCACCACGGCCGCCGACACCUCCUCUGCAUCCACCACGGCCGCCGACACCUCCCCUGCAUCCACCACGGCCACAAGCACCUCCCCUGCAUCCACCACGGCCGCCGACACCUCCUCUGCAUCCACCACGGCCGCCGACACCUCCUCUGCAUCCACCACGGCCGCCGACACCUCCUCUGCACCCACCACGGCCGCCGACACCUCCACUGCAUCCACCACGGCCGCCGACACCUCCCCUGCAUCCACCACGGCCGCCGACACCUCCUCUGCAUCCACCACGGCCGCCGACACCUCCCCUGCAUCCACCACGGCCGCCGACACCUCCCCUGCAUCCACCACGGCCGCCGACACCUCCUCGGCAUCCACCACGGCCGCCGACACCUCCCCUGCAUCCACCAUGGCCGCCGACACCUCCUCUGCAUCCACCACGGCCGCCGACACCUCCUCUGCAUCCACCACGGCCACCGACACCUCCUCUGCACCCACCACGGCCGCCGACACCUCCUCUGCAUCCACCACGGCCGCCGACACCUCCUCUGCACCCACCACGGCCGCCGACACCUCCUCUGCACCCACCACGGCCGCCGACACCUCCCCUGCAUCCACCACGGCCGCUGACACCUCCCCUGCACCCACCACGGCCGCCGACACCUCCCCUGCAUCCACCACGGCCGCCGACACCUCCCCUGCAUCCACCACGGCCGCCGACACCUCCUCUGCAUCCACCACGGACACCGAC